AUGCUGGGAGUAGCUGACGAAGCAAACCAGUCUGCUUUACCCAUUUUCUCUCUGUUUCCUCGAAGCAUCUUCACGCAUGCUCAACAAGGAUUCUUGGUGGCUGCUGUUGUUUACCUUGCCAGUUACAGGGCUCCUCCUCCUCCUCCUCCUCCACCAUCAUCAUCAUCUCUUGGGUCCAGCCUCCUCCCAGGCAGAUGGAGGGCGCGUGGCUGCUCCGGACCAGGCUUUCCUCCUGCUGCUGCUGCUCCCACCGCCUCCCCUUCCUCCUCUGCCAAGGAGGCGGACGCUCCCCCCCUCUGCACUCAGGCAGCCAGGGCUGCAGGAACUAGGGCUGCUGCUUGCUGGCCCAGGAAAUGCAGGCGGCUGCUCCUCCUCCUCCAGCCCCAGCAGCCCUUCAGGAAGGAGCCCUUGCUGCGCGCAAGGGAUCUUUCUCGACACUUGUCUACAGAGGCAUCUCAAGCUGCUCUAUCCAGUGUGGUCCCUGUGUUUUCAGUGAUGAAAUUUGAUAAAGAUGGCACUGUAAGCUCUUAUGAAAAAAAGAAAACAGAACUGUAUCAGGAACUAAGCCUUCAAGCACGGGAUCUACGAUUUCAGCACCAAGUAAGCAUCUCACCCAGGAACAACAGGAUUAUCAUGAGAAUGGAGUUUUUGAAAGCAGUGGUAACACCUGGAUAUCUUCUGAUUCUGGACUAUCGUAAUAUAAACCUGGAAAACUGGCUGUUCCAAGAACUGGCACCUCAGCUAGCUGGAGAAGGUCAACUCAUUACAUAUUCUUUACCUUUUGAAUUCAGAGCUAUAGAGGCAAUACUACAGUACUGGAUCAACUACCUGCGUGGGAGACUUCACUGUCUGCAGCCUCAGAUUCUUGAGACACUGGAUGCUCUAGUGGACCCUAAGCUUUUGUCACUGGAUAGGAGCAAAGUUCAUGUCCUUCUACAAAAUGGUAAAUGUUUGUCAGAAUUAGAAACAGAUCUCAAAGUUUUCAAAGAGACGAUACUGGAAAUCCUAGAUGAAGAAGAAGUCCUAGAAGAGUUGUGUCUAACUAAAUGGACAGACCCACAAGUUUUCGAGGAGAGCCUCUCUGGAAUUGACCAUGCAGAGGAGAUGGAGCUACUUCUGGAGAAUUACUACAGGCAGGCAGAUGAUCUUCUUAAUGAAACUCAUGAACUUCGAGUAUUGAUUGAUGAUUCUGAAAGCAUCAUUUUUAUCAACUUGGACAGUCACCGGAAUGUGAUGAUGAGACUGAACCUGCAGCUGACCAUGGGUACUUUCUCGCUGUCUCUCUUUGGAUUGCUAGGAGUGGCCUUUGGCAUGAAUUUGGAAUCUUCAUUUGAAGAGGAUCGCAGAAUGUUUUGGCUGGUGACUGGAAUUAUGUUCCUGGGCAGUGGCCUAAUUUGGCGGCGUCUCCUUUCAUUCCUUGGGCGGCAUCUUGAACCUUCAGCACCUCCUCCAAUUCCAGCUUUGCUGAAAAGAACUCAGCCAGCAAAUGGAAAAGUGGAAUUUAAAAGUGACAUUAAAACAGAACCACUUGGGUCAAGUAGAAGCACAUGACCAACCAAUGACCAGUCUUCCUGGUUGUUCCUUUACAAUUGGACUUCAGACGUCACUUGGUGUUUCCUGUAAUAAAUGGUAGCAGUUGUCAUUACAUGACUUUAAUAUAUGCCAAAGAUAUGUGCUUGGAACCAGCACAAUUUUCAGCUUUCGUGAGACAAGCCCUGUGAAUUUCUUUGCACCAGAGUAGAAAAUCUCAAGCACUUCCAUAAAAUGCAGACUGUUUCUUCAGAUGCUUCCUCUGCAUGCUGUGGUUUAGUAAAUACAAGGACAUUGCAGGUAUAUCUCAGUUGAGGAGACAGCUGUGUUCCUACUCCUCUAUCAGAAAAUUUGGCACCAGAGGCAGAAAUAACAUAGAAAGAAUAGGGAUCUGUUUCUACACAACAACAACAACAACAAAGGAGCAGCAGUUCAACAUGUUUCAGCAAACUUUUUAAU